AUGUUAAAAUAUUUAAUUAAAUUUAUUUUUAUUUUUAAUAUUUUAAUUUAUUUAAUUAUUCCAAUAAAUAAUUUAAAUUUAAAAGAAGAACGACAAUAUUUAAUUGAAUGUAAAGAUCCUUUAUUUAAUUUAAAUAAAUGGGAAUGUAAAAUUAAUAAAGUUGUGGAAGAAGAAGGAGGAAAUUAUUCAAAAAAUAUUAUUAAUAAUUUAAAAAAUAUUUCUAAAGAAGAAGAAGAAAAGAAUAAUUUAAUUAAUUCUGUCAAUCCUUUAGAAUUAUAUUAUUCUUUUAAAGUGAAUCGUUCAAACGGCCAAUUAUUUAUUUCAGCAAUUUUAAGAUGGGAAUUUACAUCCACAAAAUUUUUUAAUUUUUAUAAAAUAUUUCUUUAUAUUGAAGAAAUAAAUAAAACUAAAAGUAUUGACAUAGCAAUUUCUUCAUUUAAUAAUUCUUCAAUUGGAAAUUUACAAAGGUUAAAAAUUGUUUUACAAUUGGAUGAUUUAUUUAAAUUUGGAUAUUCUUACAAUAUUAAAAUCAUUUCUUUACCUUCAUUACAACAUCAACAACAAAAUGAAGAAUUAAAUAAAAAUUCUUCAUUUUUUAAUUUAACUAAUAUUGAAGAAGGGAUAUAUGCAUUUACUGACAAACAAAUUAAUUUUGAUUCUUUACCAGAAGAAUUAAAUUCGAAUAUUUGUCAUCAAAAAUUAAAUGAUAAUAAUGUUGAUGAUUUAAAAGAAUGGAAAAAGCGGCAAUCAUUUGCUAGUAGAUGGACAGGAGCACUUCGUUCUGUUGUGUUUUACCCUCUACAUUCGGCUAUAAAUAUUUCUUUUUUUGGAGCGCCUCCUUCAUUUUGCAUUAAUUUAUACAAAAUACAAUUGUGGCUAUUAAAUUCUCUUUUGCAAGAAAAAAUUGUUGAAAAUUUGAUAAAUGAAGGGCCGGGAGUAUUUAUUGGUUUUGUUGAAUUUAGAGAUCUUUUGAGUAGCGAUACAAGAUUAAAAUAUAAAAUUAGAAUAAUUCCAAUUGAAAGAAGAGAAGAAGAUGGAAAUUGUAUUUGUGAAUUAAAUAAUAAAUGUGGGUGUGUUCAGGCAAGUUUUUAAUUAUUUUGCUUUCAUUUGAUCAGAGCUACUCGAAAUUUCGAUUUUUGACUUUCGAUUUUUUCUCACGAUUUUCGAUUUUCGAAUCUUUUCAUAAAAUUUCGAUAAUUCUAGUUUUUCCGAUUUUCGAAGAUUUUCUUAUUUCGACGCAGCUCUGCAUUUGAUAUAGGUAUUCUAAACCGUUUAUAACAAUAACCGCCGUCAUUCCCUUAAACUUUAUUUCCGUUUUUUAAAACAAGUUUCAGCACAAACUUGUUCGAGAAUUUUCUCUUUUACCUUAACUAACCCACAAUCCGAA